UUUAAUUUCAUUUCAAAUUUGAUUGUAUUUCGUCAAUCAUUUCCAUGUAUGUUUGUGGGAUUCAAUAUAAUGGGUUAGUGUGUGAAAUUGGUGAAGAACUGUGAAAAACAGAGCAUCUCACAACUUGAUCGCGAUUGGCUUGUGAGUGGACAACCCAUGAAAGGUCACGUGAGAAGUACAUGCUAGAAACUGAAGAGUCAAGUGUCAGAGGGCAUCUCGCCACUCAUCUCAUGGCUUGGCCAACUCAUGAGAUGACCCAAGAAUGAUAAAGAGGAAACAACUGUUAGGCCAUCAUCUUUAUGGAAAAGAGUUUGUAGCUGAGGAUAAGCAGGGUCCGGUGAUGAUUCUUGCUUUCGAUCUUGCCAAUGAGAAAUUCUGGGACUUUGCAAUGCCGCGCCAACCACCCACCUAUGGGGCGGAGAGGUUUUUAGAAGCAUGUUUGGAAGGGUUUUUGGAAGCGUGUUUGGAAGUAUUGAAUGGAAAGCUAUGUUUUAUUGUGAAUCUUGAUAAGAAGGAUAAUGAAGUUUGGUUGAUGGAAGAAUAUGGGGAAGGGAGUUCUUGGACUCGGGUUUAUAAAAUUGAGUAUGAUGGAGUGUUUUAGAAUGUCAAGUUUUUCAAUCCUCUAAUGUUUUCCAAGAAUAGCAAGGAGAUUCUUAUGGAGAAGUGCUACUGGGGUCGUACUUUUCUUAUUUGGUUUGACACAGAAAUUAAAAAACACAGGAAGGUUAAGAUUCGGAAGCUUCCCCAUGUGUUUCAGAUGGCAAUUUGUACCGGGAGUCUUCUUCUACUUGAUGGUGAUAAUGUGAUUAGUCGAUAUUGAAGAACAAUAAUGUAAUUGAUUGAUAUAGAAAGAACAAUAGGUAAAACAAUGGAUUAGUUUUUGUUUCCUUAAUUGUCUGUCUUAAUAUUGGUGUCUAUCAUUUUUGGUUGCAUAAAUCUUUCAAAGACCAGACUAGAAUUCGAGUAUUAGUAAAGUGGUGGUUGUGAAUGAUAGGGGACA